AUGAUUGACAGAGCGGGGCCCCUUCACUCCCCCACAGGCCGGAGGGGCUCAAACGUCAAAGUUUUCCCGGGCAUGGUGCACCUUAGCUCGUCCAUGAGAGUCGCCACCUGUCGCUGGGCGCUGCUGGCCGUCUGGCUGGCCGCCUGGCCCGCUCGCACCUCCGCCAGACCGGGCGCUGGACUGCGGACUUGGGCGCGCUUCGGCAAGUUGCCCUAUCCGGGCGACAAAGCUUUCUUGCACGGCACUUUCCCGCCGGGCUUCAUGUGGGCGGUGGGCACGGCCGCCUACCAGGUGGAGGGGGCGUCCGACAAGGACGGCAAGGGUCCGUCCAUCUGGGAUACCUUCACGCGGGGCGGCAACCGCAUGGCGAAGGGCGACGUGGGUAGCGACAGUUACCACAACGCGGCGGCCGACGUGCGCGCCAUCCGCCAGCUGGGCGUCAGCCACUACCGCUUCUCGCUGUCGUGGCCGCGUAUCUUCCCCAACGGCACCCGUGGGAGCCUCAACGAGGCGGGCGUGCGCUACUACCGCGGGCUUUUGGCACGGCUCAAGGACGCCCGCGUGGAGCCGGUGGUCACCCUGUACCACUGGGACCUACCCGACGCGCUGCAGCGGCGCCUGGGCGGCUGGAGCAACCCGCAGAUGGUGGAGGUGUUUCGGGACUACGCCGACUUCUGCUUCCGGGAGUUCGGCGACCACGUCAGGUGGUGGAUCACCAUCGACAACCCUUUCGUGGUGGCCCGACACGGCUACGGCACCGGAGUGGUCGCCCCGGGCGUCAAGGGCGACCCCGACCUGCCUUACCGGGUGGGACACGUGCUGCUCCAGGCUCACGCAGCGGCUUGGCACGCGUACAACCGCAACUACCGACAUCGCCAAGGCGGCCGCGUGUCCAUUGCACUGGCAUCACACUGGGUGCGCCCUAGCCGUACCCGUUUAGAGAGCCUGCGCGAGUGCCAGUGCUCUCUGGAGCACGUGCUAGGCUGGUUCGCCGGACCGCUGUUCGGAGAUGGCGACUACCCGGCCUGCAUGAAGGCCCGUCUGGGCGCCAGACUGCCGGCCUUGGGCGCCGCGGAGCGUCGGCGGCUGCUGGGUGCCGCCGACUUCUUCGCCCUGUCUCACAGCGCCGCCCUCAGCUUCCAGCUCAUCAACGACAGCCUCAAGUUCGGUCAGCAGGAGGACUUGGACCUGCGCAUGCUGCUUUACUGGGUCAGCGCGGAGUACGACAGGCCCGACAUCUUUGUAGUGCAGAGCGGAUGGUAUGUGUCAGGUAGCACCAAGACCCAGGACCCCAAACAUAUGUAUUACUUGAAGAGGUUCAUCGCCGAAGCUCUGAAAUCCAUCAUAGUAGACGGCGUGAAGGUGCUGGGCUACACGGCGUGGUCUCUGAUGGACGGCUUCGAAUGGCACCGCGAGUACGGCAUCAGGCGAGGCCUCUACUACGUGGACUUCAACGCACCAGACAUGAAGCGAGAGCCCAAGACUUCGGCCAUCUUCUACAAGAAUGUGAUCCAGAGGAAUGGUUUUCCGGAGCUUCCGGAGAACCGACCGGCUCAGGGCAUUUUCCCGUGCGACUUCGCUUGGGGGGUCUCGGCCAACUCUAUUCAGGUGGAGAGCUCUCCCAGUCAGUUUGCUGACCCCAAUGUGUACGUGUGGAACGUCGACAAUGGAGAGCUGACCCGAAUGGACGGCCUGGAAGCGCCACCGACACACCGCAACGCGCACUGCGCCGACUAUGUCAGCAUCAGGCAGCAGGUGGAUGAAAUCCAGGCGGUCGGUGUGAGCCAUUUUCACUUCUCGCUUAAUUGGUCGGCGCUGGUGCCGGCAGGCGACGUGGCACAACCCAACAGCACCUUGCUGGGCUACUAUCGUUGCUUCAGCCGCCAGCUGCUACGUGCCAACGUGACGCCCGUGGUCACCCUGUGGCACCACACGCGCCAGCGCAGCAGCCUGCCACCGCCGCUCGACAGCGCCAACAGGUGGCUAAACAGGGAGACUCCCGAUUUUUUCGCCGACUACGCACGCCUGUGCUUCCGCGAAUUGGGCGAGCACGUAAAGAUGUGGAUCACACUGAAUGAGCCCAACGACGAGAUAGUGACCUAUCAGGAAGCUCACCAAAUGUUGCGAGCCCACGCACUCGCUUGGCGCGUCUACGACCAAGAUUUCAGGCCUACUCAAGGAGGGCAGGUGUCUCUCGCCUUGCACAUGGACUGGGUGGAACCGGCCUACUCGUUCAGUCGCGAAGACGUGGAACCGGCCAAGCGGGUUCUGGAUUUCCGGGUUGGAUGGUUCGCCGAGCCCAUCUUUGGCGACGGAGAUUAUCCUCUGGGGAUGAGGAGCUGGCUGCGACAGCUCAACUCACUCGAACUUCCAGUGUUCAACGAGGAAGACCGUUUGCUGGUCCAGGGCACGUACGACUUCUUCGCCAUCAGCCACUUUAGCACCGAACUAGUGACGCACGCCAAGGAGGACCCGUACACGUACACGUCCUUGAUGGAGGUGCAGCACAUGAUCGACACCACGUGGAUCAUGUCACCCCGGCCGGUGGUUCCGUGGGGUCUGAGGAAGGCGCUCAACUGGGUAGAUGAGCACUACCCGCACGUCCCCAUUUACGUGAUGGCUAACGGCGUGCAGGAAGACCAGGCCCGCUUCAAGGACAGCCUGAGGGUCUUCUACCUUUACAAUUACAUCAACGAGGCGCUCAAAGCGUUCACCCUGGACGGCGUUAAUCUGAAAGGUUACUUCGCGUACGCCCUGAAUGACCAGCGCGACCCAGGAUUUGGCUUGUACGGCCACGUGCAUGACGAGGCGGUGGUGAAGGCGUCGUUGGCCAACUACCGCAACAUCAUCCGCCAUAAUGGCUUCCCCGCGCAGGGGGCGCCUGCCCAGCGCUGCCCCCGUGCAGCUCCGCUCUGCCCCGGCUGUCAGGCGCUGGCCAAGCGGCCCGUAGUGGGCUUCCUGACACUGGUGGGCUCAGCCACGCUAAUUGCAACUGGCCUCAUUGUCUACUACGCCACCAGGAGGCGCAAAUACGCUUACUAA